AUGGAGCUUCAGUACGCGGACGACAACGCCAUCGCAGCACACUCAGCAGAAGAACUUCAGGGUAUCUUGAAUGCCUUUGCUAAGGCAUACAGAGCCCUGGGCCUUGCCCUCAACAUCAAGAAGACCCAGGUCCUACAUCAACCUCCACCCAACCAGCCAACUAAUCAGCCCGCCAUAAACGUGGACAACACCCCCCUUGAAAACGUUGACCACUUCCCAUACCUCGGCAGCAUCCUCUCCUCCAAAGCGGACAUUGACUCAGAGGUCAACCAUCGCCUGAGCUGUGCCAGUGGAGCCUAUGCCAGACUCAGGAGGAGAGUCUUUGAGGACCGGGAUCUAAGGGCUCAAACAAAGCUCCUGGUCUACAGAGCUGUUGUCAUCCCCACCCUGCUGUAUGGGGCAGAGUCAUGGACUACUUACAGUAGGCACCUGAGAGCCCUGGAACAACAUCACCAGCGAUCCCUACGGAGGAUUUUGAGGAUCAGUUGGGAGGACAGACGCACCAACAUCAGCGUCUUGGAGGAAGCCAACAUGCCCAGCAUCACCACCACAAUUAUGCAGCACCAACUCCGCUGGACAGGUCACGUCAUCCGCAUGUCCAACACACGUCUUCCCAAACAGGUCCUUUACUCCCAGUUGAAGGAAGGUCAGCGUGCCCCUGGUGGGCAAAAGAAACGUUUCAAGGAUAACAUCAAGACCAGCUUAAAGCAUUUCCACAUCCCCAUGAACAACUGGGAGGAAAUAGCACUGGACAGGCCUCGCUGGAAGAAAUCCGUACAAGAAGGUGCAGCACUCUAUGAGAUGGAACUCCGCCGUAUCGCAGACACAAAACCUUUGUACAACAUGCAGGUCCAGCAGAUGAAGAAGUGGGUCCAGUCAUGCAUAGACCAUCACAAGGACAAGCUGUCCAGUCUGAGUCGAGACAUUUGGGCCGAUCCCGAAAUCGGCGGUCAAGAAACCUACGCCGUGGAGCGCUUCCUGCGCUUUUUCCGCUCGGACCCGACCUGGAGCGUCCAAAGUCCUUACAUGAUUCCCACGGCCUUCCGGGCCAGCUGGGGUCCGGUGGGAGGCAACGAGGGAGACUCGGUUCUGAAUUUGGCCUUUCUGUGCGAGUACAACGCCCUGCCUGAUAUUGGCCACACUUGCGGACACAACCUGAUCGCUGAGGUGGGAGCUGCUGCCGGAUGGGGUCUGAAAGCCGCUCUGGAGGGGCAGACAGAACUUCCGCUCCGAGUGAAGGUGACCAUCCUGGGAACUCCAUCAGAGGAGGACCAUGGAGGAAGGAUCCAGCUGCUCGACGCGGGAGCCUUUGCAGACAUCCACCUGGUCUUCAUGGCCCAUCCUGCUGUGGAGGACGUGGCCUUCUCCUCUAGUCUGACAGUCACCCAGAUGUUGGUAAAGUACCACGGGAAAGCUAGUCACGCCUCCGCCUUUCCAUGGAUGGGCGUGAAUGCCUUGGACGCCGCCGUGCAGGCUUACAGCAACCUCACCAUGCUGAGGCCUCAGCUCAAGCCCGGUAGCACCUUCCAAGGUAUCAUCAAACACGGAGGGGUAAAGGCCAACAUCACCCCUGACUACUCAGAGCUACAAUAUUGUCUACUUGCUCCGACGCUUAAGGAGGUUGUUGAGCUGAAGGCCAAACUGGAGGCUUGCCUCCGGGCUGCUGCCAUGGCGACCGGCUGUGAACUGGAGAUAAGUUACCCAGGCUACACCUACUUGAACAUCGUGCCCAACGCCACACUGGCAAAGCUUUAUGAAGAUAACGGAAGAGCCUUAGGGAUCCAGUUCACCAAAAAUCCCACCAAAUUCGCUGCUUCCACAGACUUUGGCAACGUGUCAUACGUGAUCCCUGGUAUCCAUCCCAUUUUCUCCAUCGCCACGGACGCUUUUAACCACACUGAGGCUUUUGCCGAAGCAGCAGGCUCUGAAGACGCCCAGAUGUACACCCUGAGGGUUGCCAAGGCUCUGGCGAUGACAGCUGUGGAUGUUCUCUGCAGCCCACGCUUGCUGAGGCAAGUGAGAGACGACUUUGCUCAGGCAGUCAUCAGUAAUAUGAUUAAGUAA